GCGAUGAUGUCCCCGUGGGACCGCUGGUACUCCACGAGCUGCUGCCUCUGCUGCCAUGUCCGCACAGGAACCAUCAUCCUGGGCGUCUGGUACAUGCUCAUCAAUGCCGUGGUGUUGCUCAUCCUGCUCACAGCGCUCAGUGAUCCCGAGCAGUACCACCUGACGAGCGCCGAGCUGGCCAAUGACCUGGAUGUCAUGGAUGAUGCCAACAUGUGCAUUGCCUCAGCAAUCUCUCUGCUGAUGAUUCUUAUAUGUGGGAUGGCAACAUGUGGUGCAUACAAGCUACGUGCAGCUUGGAUUAUCCCAUUUUUCUGCUACCAAAUAUUUGACUUUGCUCUUAACACCCUGGUCGCUGUCAGCAUUGUGGUCUACCCGAACACCAUACAGGACUACCUGCAGCAGCUGCCUGAUAACUUCCCUUACAAAGAGGAGAUUGCUGCUCUCAGUAAUGUGUGCUUGGUCCUCGUGGUGCUGCUCUUCAUUGGCUGUAUUCUCAGCUUCAAGGCUUAUCUCAUAGCAUGUGUGUGGAACUGCUACAGAUAUGUGAGCGGCCGGGGUACUUCUGAAAUCCUGCUCUACGUUACGACCAAUGACACCACGGUGUUGCUACCUCCAUAUGAUGACAGUGUCAGCGUCCCUCCCAAGCAGGCUCCUCCACCUUACACCACUGCUACAGCAUGAAAACAUUCCCAGGAUGCCGCUCACUGGAUCGAGUUGUUAAUAUAAUCCCAGCGAAAUGUAUGCACCACACUGCCUCUCCAGUGUACAGUAUAUUCAUGGAUAUAUUGGAGCUAAACACACAUUACAGUACAACCACAUAUGCACUGACACGUACAAAAUCAUGUCAUACACAUAUGCAUUUACACACACCACUAUCACCACCGUGACCUCUCAUCCCUUCCUGUUAUUUAUUAGUGAACUUCUCGUCUUCCUAUAACUCUCCAUGUAACCUCUCUGGUUCUGUUAGUGUAAUUCCAGAAAUGAUGUGCAUUUUUAUGCAUUUGAAUCUGGGCGAAGUUACAUAUGGAAGCACUCGAAAGUUUGAUCAACGAUAGAUUACAAAAAAUUUUAAUAAUUGUAUUUAUACUCUGUGUGUAUCUGUGAUAGUAUUUUGUGAGUCCUAACUUUGAUAUUCAUAUUUAAUUUAUGCACAAAUGCAAAAAUGAUGAUAUUACUGCCCAAAGUAAUGAGUGAAGAUUCAUCAUAUGUUUCCUGUUUGUCUUAUCUCUGCUUGUGAUCAGGGUUGAAUUGCCUUCAUUAACAACUUUCUCUCUGAUGGGGUGCACUUUGUAGAUCCAUGUGUGAAGUGUCACCUUGACUGGAAGUUUUCCCAAAGAAAUGCAUCUGCCUGUAUUCUGUCAUGAUCUUUGAGCAACCUAGUGUAUAUCGGACAUAUCACCUUCUUUUUCUGUUUUAUUCAACUGCAGACGGAAUUGUCUUCUUUUUAUAAAAAAUCAGGAGUGUUGAGUUGUGCUGGUUGGCCCCUCCUAACUUUUAGACGUAACUGUGUGUUUCUACAGAUUGACAAGAAAUGUCUUGAGCCGCUAUUUAUCUAUUUUGACAGCACAGAAGUAGCACUGAUCUGGAAUCAGAGUUUUUCGAGGGAACCUGUUGCGAUGACUCUAGACCGGGCCUCCCUACGUUUAGGAGCUCAUUAAAUAUGGACCCUGGUUGUGUUUUUUCAAUUAAGCCAACGGGAGCGUCUGGUCUGUGUAAACACGAGUCUGUUCCACCAGAUGCAGUUAUAUUGGCAAGCUGCUCUCUGGACAUAAAAUGUCCUGCAAGGGCAC